AUUGGUUGCGCACUGCCUCGCCACUUGUCACAUUGCUCCUGCGUAAUCCAAUUGAGUUCUUAUAGCUGGAGUCUAAAAAUAGUCAAAAUUAACAGAAACACAGUAUGGACAUGUAAUUACGUGUGAGUACAGAACGUUAUAUGCGAUGGAGAAAUGUAUUAUUUCCGCGCUCUCGUGUGAUGGAAUUGUAGAUGGAUAGAUGAAAAGUCGUUUGAUAGGCUAGAAAAAUUUGCCGAUGGAGAGCACAGCCACAGGUGGAAUGCCAUGUGAUGCUUGAGGGGAUUACAUUCGAGCUGCAGGUAUUCUGAAGAAAUUAAGAGGGACCUCAGAUAUCGAAUGAAUUAAGGAUGGGCACGUUCGUGACCCUGGCGGAGGUGCUGGAGGCCCGGGGGUCACCUCUGGAGGAGGAUGAGUUAUGGUGUCUUCUACUGGGCACCGCCGAGGCCUUAAUGGAAAUCUCUCACAAAGGUCCUGGUAACAUGUGCAGUGUACUGAGCCCUGGCUCAAUGCUGCUGUCAGCCACUGGGAACCUUGCUUUUAAGAGCUGUUCCCGGUCAGAGAACCUUGGUUCCUUCACUGCUCCAGAGGUACAGGAGGGGCACGCUGCCUCCAACAGGACGGCCUCGGAGAAGAUGAUUGUAUAUUCCCUAGGAAUGACCCUCUUCUGGUCCAUUGAUUAUCAACUACCUCAAAACCAGCCCAUUCAGCUGAGUGACAACCUGAACAACCUCUUGCUGAGUAUGUGUGAGGACACGGUCCAGAGACGAGCAGAUCUUGUGACCGUGCUGGAGACCUGUGAACAGCACAUCAAGGCUGCUCAACUGCCCCCACCAGAGAAGCUGGUCAGACAGCUAGUACAAGAUGUCUUCAGGGACUCUGUUGAUCAUGUGUCCAUGGCUGAGAAUGGUCCUCAACUUACUGACCGGAGUCAGAUGGUCAGAGAGAGGCUUCACAGUCUCUCAGGAAGUGCCUCGUACCAUAAUUCCACCUGGGCGCUGAGAAACAGAAGCACCCCAACAUUCCAAGCUGAGCUCAGCAGAGGAAUUCCCCAAGGGUCACGUCACAGAGAGAGUUACUGCAGCUCUCAGUCACGUAGCCCCUGUAGCCCUUACCUGGAUGGCUUUCGCCGUGGCAGCGUCAGACCUGUACUUUACACAUAUCUAAACGAGUCCACGGUCAGUCUUAAUGAAAAGAAAGCCAAGGAUAUGGGUCCUGAGUUCAUUAGAAAGUUAGACGAGCCUCUGGUUGUCUUGGAGCUGCCCGGAUCCAUUGUGUCAAAGAAAGGGAAGUCUCCCUCCACUAUGAGGGAACUGAGUGUGGUCAUGCCAAACGGACAGAGCAUCCUGGUCAAGUGUGACGUCAAGUCAGGAGGAGGGGAUGUCUUUGAUAUGAUUGUUGCCCACUCCAAUCUGGUGGAACACUUCUACUUUGGCCUUGCUUACAUUGAUGAUCAUGAGUUUUUCUUCCUGGAAAAUGACACAAAGAUAUCCAAGGUCGCCCCCGACAGUUGGAAGAAAGUGCCUACCUCCACGUUUGUCCUUUUCUUCAGGGUGAAAUUCUUUGUCCACGACAUCUCUCUCCUUUUGCACAAACUGACUCGUCACCAGUACUACCUACAGCUGAGGAAGGAUAUACUGGAGGACAGGUUGGCCUGCCAUGAAGAGACAGGCCUAUAUCUGGGUGCCUUGGCUCUCCAAGCAGAGUAUGGAGACUGCAUGCCUGAGGUUUAUGGGAGGAACUACUAUCGACCAGACCAGUACGUUGCAAAGAGCGUCAUGGAGAAAAGAGCCUUGCCUUACCUAAAGGAGGAGUUGCUACGGUUACAUGCCAAUAACUCCACGAUGAGUACCGACGAGUCUGAACUUGAGUUCCUAAAGGCCACCCAGCAGCUUCCUGAGUAUGGCGUUCUGUUCUACCGCGUGGGUCGCGAGAAGAAGCCAGUCAUCGGAGAGCUGAUCUUAGGAGUGUGUGCCAAAGGAGUCAUAGUGUAUGAGGUUAAAGAUGGCUCCCGCUCCACGAGUCAGACAUUCAACUGGCGGGAAACGGCCAGUAUUUCCUCCUCUCACCGUAAAUUUGUCAUCGAGAGCAGAGGGAGCAAGAAAAAGCACACCUUAGUCACAGAGAGAUCCAAGACGGCCACGUACCUGUGCAACCUUUGUUCUGCCCAGCACAAGUUUCACAAUGAGAUGAACUCUCGCCAGCUCAGCCACAGUCUGGCCUCAGAGGAGAGCAUAGUGCAGUAUGCGGCAGUGUGUCGGGCUCAGAACAGCCAUAGCCAGAUGAUGAGCCGGUGCUCUGUCUCUGAGACCAUACGGACAGACAGCGGUCUGACCACACCGCAGGACGACUCCAUGACCAAACUGUGUGAUGACAUUGCCGCCAAGAUCGAGGCGCGGAUCAAACAGCAGCGUGUCCUCCACGAGCAGGGCAGAGGGAGACCAUUGUCUGGGAACCUGUCACCAGCCCUGUCUCGUGGGUCUGGGAAGCGUGGGUCUGAGACACCCUCCAUGUCUUCAGCAGCCAGAGAUACCCCAACAAAGAGUGUCAUACCAGAGAGAGAAGUCAUUUGUGUGUCCUUAAAGAAAGACCCGAAGUUCGGCGUAGGUAUGGUGAUAGUUGGAGAAGACACAGUGGGGAAGUACGACCUGGGUAUCUUCAUAGCAUCCAUCGUGCCCGGAGGACCAGCGGAUAAAGAUGGCCGCAUCAGACCAGGUGGGCGUCUGAUCUCUCUGAACCACAUCAGUCUGGAGGGCAUGACCUUUAGUGAGGCUGCAGAGGUCAUGCAGAACAGCCCACGGGAGGUCACACUCAUUGUGUCCCAGCCCAAAGUUUCCCUGACACCCAACAACGUGAAAUCUCCGCUAUCGAAGAACUACAAGUCCCAGACCACUUUGAUGACUGAUGUACACUCUGGGGAGGACGACCUGGAUGAGAUCGUGUCUGUCAUGUUGACCCCAAAGACUGGCAGUAGACUGCAACUCCCUGACGUACGCAUCCUCAACGCUCAGGAUGGCUGCUCCAGGGCUCCUUCCAUGAACUGCUUCAGGGGUGAUGAGAUCUCUGUGGAGCUAAAGAAGAAUCCUGGAGGAGGGUUAGGGAUCAGUAUCGCUGGUGGUGUGACCACAGGCCUGAGUCAUGGCGGUAUCUUCAUCAAAAGCCUAGUCUGUGGAGGGGCUGCUGAGCAAGAUGGCCGCAUCCAGUCAGGUGACAGACUGCUGGAAGUGGAUGGCAUCAGCUUCCAAGGGUUCACACAUCAGCAGGCUGUGGAAUGUCUGGCGAAAACAGGAGAGGUGGUGACCAUGGUUUUGGAGAGGGAGAACAUGACCCUGCCCAGGGUGUCUCCGAGCCCAGACACAGGGCGCAGUCUCCUGGGGCGCAGCCUGUCCCCUCGGAGUGCCCACUUGGACAUCACCCAGAUGAGGAACAACAGCUGCCCCGCCAUCAUCACCCCCUUCUUCGUCAGGCCCAAGGACUACAGUUUUGUGUCUGACAAUAACACUCUGGAGGUGACCUUGAAGAAGAGCCAGAAUGCCUUGGGCUUCAGCUUCCUGGUCCCUGAGUUCAACCCCUCAAAAGGAGACUCAAGCAGUAGCCUUGUCCGGAUCAAGAAGCUUUUCCCUGGCCAGCCAGCGGAGGAGAGUGGGCAGAUCCAGGAGGGAGACGUCAUCCUGGCAGUCAAUGGAGAACCGCUGAAAGGAUUGUCCUACCAGAGGGUGGUAAUGCUGCUGAGAGGCUCUCCUCCUGAAGUCCGGUUGUCUCUGUGCCGUCCUGCUCCAGGAAUUCUGCCUCCCAUUGAAACAUUGCUUAGCACCUGAGUGAUGUAACAUCACAGUACGUGAGCACCAACAGAAGUUCAGGGUUAUACUUCUUGAGAGACUGACAGGAGAUCUUCAAAGAGCAGGACAAGUGGAGAUCUGUCCAGAGGAAAGAGCAGGACCGGUGGAGACGCAUCACUGCAUUCUAUGAGUCAGAGGUGUUGCGUGAGUCCGCCGGCAGACAAGAACCAACUGUGUUGAGCAGGAGGAGCUGCUUAGGGCAACUCGUGAAGUGAUGAAAAUGCUAAAUGAUGGAAAUCUCAUUUUAUUUAGGGAAGAUGUGGUUGGACUGGGGCAGUGGAGUUCUACAGUGUUAACCACUGACAACAAGGAGAGCACUAUUACACAAGCUCAAGUGGAUUGAAGGUCAGGGGAAUUUAUUAACCAUGGUUUUGUGAACUGUAUGGUUUUGCCUGAUGCGGAUUUGGUUUCAGUUCUGUGUCAGUGGCACAGAAAGACAGACAGGAUGUAACGCGUACAAAGAUAGAAAGGGUACACUGUUGAAGCUCUAUGGUCACAUAGGGAGGCCUGAUAAAGAAACAGUACUUAACCACAGUCCUGCUUUAAAUAACACCUCAAUGUUCUGUCCUGUACAGUUCAGUAUAUCCCCCUAAUAGUGUUUGUGAGUGGAGAUCAGGUGAAGUCCUGUACUUAGGGCAAUACAUCACAUUCAUUUAAGGUCAAACAGAACAGAGCUCUUACAGAGUGAUCUCAGUCUUUCUCUGCCUGGUAGUACAACUACCAAUUCACACGUGCAGUUAAAGUGUACUAGUUAAAUGGAUCUGAGAUUUUAACAUAUGCACAGGGCUGCAGGACCUAUAGUGUUGCUCUCUUAUCCUUCUGGACAUUUUAACAUGAUAUAUUAACAGUAUAGAAUAUAGCCUGUAGGAUGAUCUCAUACAGAAGGCACCACAAAUGCAGUGCAUAAUCAAAGAAAAGGUAAGAAAUGUACUUAUUAUUUAACCCAUGAAGGUAUUGUCCACUGGGAGGCAGCAUAGGACUAAAAAGAAUCCCCUUCCAUAGUUGCUGUCCCAAUAUCAUCCCUCCUGUGCCUCAAAGCCAGGUUGGUUGGAGAAAGUCUUCCAAAUAUUUCUCACUAAGAAGUAGUUUUGCCUAUACGUGAUGGUUAGGGGAUACUUGAUAUCAAAUAUAGAGUUUUGGUUUGUGAUUGAUCUUUGCCUCUCUCUUCACAGACGGAGCUACCAAAUGUAAUCUGGUGCAAAGUGAUGACACCCCCGGAAAGCACAUGAAAACAUCUGUAAUAAACUUUACAUCUGACUGAUGAUACAUUCAUUGUUUAAUGAACUCCUACCUCUGUAUAUUCAUAAACCUACUGUAGGAUCACACUGAUUCUGGCAUGGGGCCUUAUAGCCACACUACAUGAUGUGAAGGCUACUCAGUGACAUCACCCUAAAUUAGUAGCAACUCAACCAUGUGGAGGUUUUGCUGUGACACUAGCAGAAUGAACACCAGUCAAUGGGGCAAGAAAUAGUGACAUUCGAUUCUGUUCUUGUUUCUGAAUUCUACAGUCUUAAACUCUUCUGAAUAUCA